UACCGUGUGUAAGAUAUUAACCUCUUAAUUACAAAACAGUGUUACUGAAGAAAAAAUGGCGGUGGCAGAGUUCGAUCUGUGUAUAUAAGAACACGAAGACGUGGAAAGAGAAAGGCUCUCUCUCUCUUUCUUUCUUUAUAGGCCAUGGAUGCAAUAGAGUUGAGCAACAUGAAAGUAGGGAAACGCAGCAUUGUUAACAGCAUUACCAAGACACUUCGCAUUUUCGAACUAUGCGCCGCUCUCUUCUUCCUUACGUGGUUCCUCGCGCGUCUCCCUUUAGCUCUGCGGCUCUCCGCCGACUAUCUCCGCAGUCCUCUCUUCGUCUUCGCCGUUUUCAACGCCAUCAUCGCCGCUCUUCUCGCCCAGUCCCGCCGAUUCACCCAAUCCCAUUCUGAUGAGCCGGUUGUGGCAGAGGCAGAGCACCGGCAGAUCGGUGACACGUGUAAGGACAGCGAUUCGGGCGCCGCAGCAGAUCAUCUUGAUAGAAGAAAAGUUUAUUGCCAAAGCCUGUCGGAGGGAAAGGGCGAGGAUGGGAAUAAGACGGCGGGACGAGAAGUCCGGCGAUCGGAGACGGAGAAGGCGCGGGAAAAAUCGUAUCCGCAGGAUAAGCUGAGCAACGAGGAGUUCCGGCGCACGAUAGAUGCGUUUAUUGCAAAGCAGACGAGGUUACUGAGGGAAGAGUCGUUGGCCAUUUCGCUUUGUAAUUAACAAGCAAUGAUAAUAAACAUAAAAUCAAACAGGGAAUUAAUUAGUCUUUGAAAUCAGAAUCUCAAUCGCUAAACUAGCGAAUGAAAUCAAGUGCAGUAUGCACUCUAUUAAUUCCUUUCUUUUCUUCCCUUCCACACUCUCUAUUGCUUCUUAUAUGUAAAAAUAAAUUAAACAAGAAG